GAGAAGGAGAAAUUGAAGCAAUAGUUGUCCCUGUGUGUCUAGCAUUCCUGAUUGUUACUCUCCUGGGAGUACUGUUCUGCUUCAACAAACGAGAUGUCAUCAAGAAGCAUAUCUGGCCUAAUGUGCCUGAUCCUUCCAAGAGUGUAAUUGCUCAGUGGUCACCUCAGACACCGUCUAAGCAUUUUGAUUCCAAAGAGCAGAUAUAUCCAGAAGGCAGCUUUACUGAUGUCAGCGUUGUCGAAAUUGAGGCUGAUGACAAGAAAUCCUUUUCGGAACAGGAUCUGAAGCCUUUCGAUUUGCUCAGAAAGGAGAAGAAUGCCUCUGAGGGCCACAGCAGUGGUAUAGGGGGGUCCUCCUGCAUGUCUUCUCCUCGACAGAGUGUUUCAGAUAGUGAUGAAGGUGAACCUGCUCAAAACACUUCCAGCACCGUGCAGUAUUCAACUGUAGUGCUCAAUGGCUACAGAGACCAGAUACCUCCGGUUCAGGCCUUUUCCAGGUCUGAAUCUACUCAGCCCCUGCUGGAUUCGGAGGAGCGUCCGGAAGAGCAGCAAGUAGCAGACGGGGGCUGCGGCGGCGGCUCAACCCCAGUGCAUCGCUAUUUCAAACAGAAUUGUAAUCGGGAGGAGCCCUUCGCUGAGGAGUCUCAUUUGGAAAAAGUAAAACAAAUUCCUCCAAUAAAUGAAGAAGAUAUUGCUGGACUUCAAGCCUCGCAGACGUGUGGCUCUGUCCUAGAAAGAGAGGAACAGGAAGCUGCUUUUGCAGGUGCCUUCCACCCAAGCCCCGAAGGACAAACUGGGCAGUGUGAAACCGUGGGCAUAAAGGCAGUGACUGAGGAUGAGAUGCCAAAAUGCUAUCUACCACAGACAGUGAGGCAGGGUGGUUACAUGCCCCAGUGAUUGAGAGAGACUGCCUCUUGCUAGGCCUCCAAUUACAGCCUCCUCUAUAUAAGUUAAUUUUUUUAAGAAAAAAAAUCUUGCUUCAGAUGAACCAUUUUCUUAAUGGAAGGGAACUUGGACAACAUUUAGGUUUGGGGGGGUUGGUGUAGACUUCUUCCUUCGAGCGCUAUAUCUCAGUCAAGUUUUCAAAGCAAUCUGUGAUGCUUUUUGGCCCUGUGGCAUCUCAUUUCAUUGUAAUAUGAAAUGGAAGGUCACUUUCAUUUGGCCACAGCAGUGAAAGCAUAGAGAUGGGGCCUGAUUGUAGAUGAUGUCUUACCAUUAGGUUCUGAAGACAUUAGGAUUGUUACACGAUGACUGAUUUCCUUUUUGCUAGGCCAGAGUCUGACUGAAUUGUAGUACCUUACCUUGAACAACCUUUUUAAAACAUUAACCAGAGACCAAAGCUUUGGCUGUCUCUGGCUUGAGGCAGAAUGCGUUAGUUGGGACUGCACAGAUUCCCAGAUUAACUGACUAGAAAGGCUCCAUUUAUUCAAGGGCCCUCUUCCACCCCCACAGUUCUGUGCACACUCCUUCUCAGGAAACCAUGGAAUUCAUUGCAAGAUAUUACUUUAAAAGUGGGUUACACAAAUUGAUGGAGGAGAGGUUCAUCAGUGGCAACUAGCUGAUGGGUACCGAAGGGAGCCUGCACAUUCAGAGGCAGUAGACCCCUGCGUACCAGUUGGCCAUCCAGAAUAACUGGGUGGUCACUGUGUGAUGCAGGAUCCUGGAUUACAUGGACCACUCACCUGAUCCAGCAGGGCUCUUCUUAUGUUCUUGUGUAAAGAUCUGCAAUGAGCCAGGUAAAAUAUUUACCACCUAGUCAAGCGUGGUUAUUGCACAAGCCUGAAUGCUGGUUAGGGUUAGGGUUUCAAUAUUGCACCCCUCUGUUUAGGCCUGUUUUUAAUUGGAGCCAAACCAUAAUGAAUUGUGGAUGUUCUGUUUUGAACGUGAACAUUUUUACUACCUGAAAAUCUUCUACAUGUGCACACUUCCUUUUGUUUAGUUCUCACCCGGUUAAGCUCUAGUAAGAUCAACAUUUAAAUUAAUAUUGUAUAAUAAAGUUUUAUAAGGUAAGCAUUGUGUUGUUAGUGAGAGAGCCUGCUGCUCUUUUACAAUCUGCCAGUACCAGGUUCUAGUAUUUCUUGCUGCCACUGGCCGCCAUCAUGGAUCUCUAGAGCAUUUUGAGGAAACUACUUAAAAGAGCACCAGGAAGAACCACAAAGCCUCAGCACUUUUCAUUUCAUGACAAAACUUUUCCUAAAAACAUUUCUUGCAGUCCUAUCUAUUUUCAUAAUAAAAUCAUCCAGGACAGUUUGGUUCCUAUAAACUGACUUGCAUCUGAUUAGUUUUGUUUUGCAUUAUAGCAUUAAUAAGCUGACACUCAUUCUGAAAAAAGCCAAAAACACUACAGCUGUUUUAAAGAGAAAUAAAGGUUCCUUUUGAUUGUUCCUCCAAAAUUUAAUGAUGAUGUGGCAACUUACACUUUGAAAUCUCUGUGACUAGGGAGCCAUCAUCUCUGUAGAUCAUUGUCGCUUUCCCAAGAUGUUACCCUAUUUGGAAAGUCUCAUUUGGAUAGCUGGAUAAUCGCACUGUCAUCUCCAAGAAGGGAUAUUCAUGAAUAACUUUUAAACCCUUACAGAGUUUAUCUACAAAUCUAUUCCAAUUACAGCCGUGCUCUUCAGUUUAUUAUCAAUAAAGGGGGUGAUAAUGUGGGCCAUAACCUUGUAUGAGUCCUCCUAGGUUAGGAUGUGUUUACUCUCCUCUGGCUUCUACUGCUGGGGUUUCUUCACUGCUCCUCGUAUGUAUUGUAGUAAUAUUUCCAGCCAUUUUUUUUGUAAAAAUGUAAUGACAGGCAGCCUUCUCAUUUAGUUUGUAGCACUUUUCUGCUUUGGCAAUUCACGCUUGCCUUCUCUUUUGAGGAGCCUUUGACUAGUGCGUGUAGAAUGCUAUUUGUGAAUAGCUUACUCUGCCCUGGCAAAACGAUUGGAUGCUAAUCCGUUGUAAAACUGGAGUAAAAAGGGGUGACAGUGUGGCGUGGAAGGAAAUGCAUCUUGUUCAAAAAAUGUUAAGCGCAAUCCUAUUAGAUGUUUUCUGGUCCAAGCUCAUGAAGCCACGUGUCUUAGACUGAAGUAACUGCACAGGGUUGUGCCACAGGUCUUCUCUUGCUCUGAUUACUUAUUUCCACAGUAGAGUCUCACGUUUUUAAAGUGUCUCCCAAAAGAAUUUUAAUAGAAAGAGUCAGGGCUCUUUUUGUAGAAAAAGCCCAGCAGGAACUCAUUGGCACAAUAGGCCACACCCAA